AACACUAUUGUUAUGAGUGAGGAUCAAAAGUUGUGAAUUUAAAAGUAGUUUGUUGUUUAUUAAAAUGUUUAAGACGAGGUGUUAAAUUGGUUUUAAUUAAUUAAAAAAAAGUGUAAAUACUUCUAGCAUACAUUCAGUUUUAUGAAUGCUUUGCGUCGCGCAAUCUGUGAUUGUGAAGAUUACACGAGGUCCGUUACCGGCAGAUUUGCUUUUAGAUAAUUCGCAAUGAUUUUCACCCGGAAAACAUGGAAAUUGCUAAACAAUCGACUGAAAUGUUUGGCUAUAGCCCGCCUAAAUGACCGACGUUGUCUGCAGAGCAGCGUGCACAGCGAUGCACCCACCGUGGAAGUCAAUUUCAGCAAUGGACGCAACAUGACCAUAAGUUCAGGAAAAUUGGCGCGCUUUGCCAAUGGUACCGCAGUCUGCCAAAUGGGCGAUACCGCUGUCAUGGUCACUGCGGUAGCCAAAGCGAAACCAACUCCUGGUCAGAACUUUAUGCCGCUCGUGGUUGAUUAUCGCCUUAAGAACGCUGCCUCGGGCCGCAUUCCCAUGAACUUUAUGCGUCGGGAAUUGGGACCCUCGGAGAAGGAAAUUCUUUCGGCCAGACUCAUAGAUCGCUCCCUGAGGCCGCUGUUCAAUAAGGAUUAUCGCAAUGAGACGCAACUGGUGUGCAACAUGUUGGCCAUGGAUGCGGUUCACUCGCCCGAUGUGCUAGCCAUCAAUGCCGCCUCCAUGGCUCUCUCUUUGAGUGAUAUUCCCUGGAAUGGACCCAUCGGCGCAGUGCGUGUUGGUCUCUGUGAUGGAGAAGUGCUCAUCAAUCCCACGCGCCGUGAACUGCAAUCUUCACAACUGGACUUGGUUGUCUCGGCCACCAAACAGAAUCUAGUUGUUAUGCUUGAGGGCAAAGGCAACGUGGUGCUCAUGCAGGAUCUCCUCAAGGCUAUCAAACAAGGCACACGCGAAGCUCAAUUCAUCAUACACGAAAUCGAGAGACUACAGAAAUCCUAUGGCCGACAAAAGCGCACUGUGGAUGCAAUGCCAGAGCCGGAACCAGAAAUCGUGCAAGCUGUGCGCAGCAUGUGUGAGAUGCGCCUACGUGAGAUAUUCCAAGACGAGCAGCACGACAAAUUGUCCCGUGAUAUGGCCGUCAACGAUGUGCGCGCUAAUGUCAUUGAUAAAGUGUGGUCUUCAUAUCCGGAUAUUGAACCUGCUGCAAUAGGCGAGGAGUUCAAUCGCACGUGUCGUCUCAUCUUUCGUGAACUAAUCUUUGAGCGCAAUCGUCGCUGUGAUGGCCGCGAUUACGACAGUCUCAGGAAUAUUAACUGCCAGGUGGACAUGUAUAAACCGCUGCACGGCUCCGCAUUGUUUCAACGUGGACAGACGCAAGUCUUUUGCACCGUCAGCUUGGAUUCACCCGAGAGCGCCAUGAAACUAGACACGCUGGCGGCGCUUGAAAGCGGCGGCUUGAAAGCCAAAAACUUUAUGCUGCACUACGAGUUUCCGCCAUAUGCCACCGGUGAAGUGGGUCGCAUUGGGCCACUUGGACGUCGUGAGCUGGGACAUGGUGCAUUGGCGGAGCGUUCGUUGUUGCCCACACUGCCACACGAUUAUCCGUUUACUGUGAGAUUGACAUCGGAGGUGCUCGAAUCGAAUGGUAGCAGCAGCAUGGCCAGCGUUUGUGGUGGCUCCUUGGCGCUGAUGGAUGCAGGUGUGCCGGUCACAGCACCUGCUGCUGGAGUGGCCAUUGGACUAGUCACCAAAUACGAGAAUGAUGAUACGAAGCAUCUGCAGGAUUAUCGCAUAUUGACUGACAUAUUGGGCAUUGAGGAUUAUAUGGGCGAUAUGGACAUGAAGGUGGCGGGCACACGCAAAGGUUUCACAGCCAUUCAAGCGGAUCUCAAGAUACCCGGAAUACCAUUGAAGGUGGUGAUGGAGUCGCUGCAAAAAGCUACAGAUGCCAAGUCGAAAAUACUUGACAUCAUGGGUGAAGCCAUCAGAGAACCACGCAAAUACCGCAAGGAUUGCUGGCCUGUGAGUGAAAAUCUAAGCGUGGAGCCACAUCAACGUUCGCAGCUCAUCGGUCCCAGUGGAUUGCACAUGAAGCGCAUCUAUCUGGAGACGGGCGCUUCUCUCACACCCGCCGACGACAGCAAUUUCACUGUUUUUGCGCCCUCUCAGGCAGCUAUGGAUGAGGCCAAGGAACUCAUCGAUGGCUACAUGCAGAAGGAACGUGUGCCGGAUUUGGAAUUCGGUGGAAUUUACUCUGCAAAAAUUACAGAACUGCGAGACACGGGUGUAAUGGUCAUUCUGUAUCCCAGCAUGCCUCCAGCGCUGUUGCACAAUUCGCAGCUGGAUCAGCGCAAGAUUGCACAUCCCUCGGUGCUUGGGCUGGAGGUGGGACAGGACAUUCAAGUCAAAUACUUUGGUCGUGAUCCCGUCUCCGGUUUCAUGCGACUCUCACGUAAAGUGCUUCAGGGUCCGGCGAUUGGCAUCACGCGCAGUCACAACAAAGUGGCAGCAACGGCAGCGGCAGAUGAAUCAUCGUCUUCCUCCUCGUGA